AUGUCGGGUUCGACUCUUGCGUCAGGACAUACAAAAAGAUCCAGAACUAGCGAUGCCCUGCGCACCGAGAAGGAUAGAACCAAGCGUCGUCGAUUUUCCAAGGGCGCACUUGAUCUUACUGAAGACGUGCAGCUAGCUGCUAAAGGAAAGGCGACUGAGAAUAACACUCAGAAUGCCACUUCCACACAAGAUACUUCUGCGCAUGCUCGUGAGCAGCAGACGAAAUUCUCCCGCGAAAAUUGGUGUCUCUCAAGUCCAGUCGGUGGGCAGUAUAGCAACCUCGACCCGAUUAUCACUUCGGAUGAAGAGUAUCUUCUUGUCGGGACUGAAACAGCAAUUCAUGUUCAUUCGAUUGGGACCUCUUACCGGUCCCGUACGUUACAGUUAAAGGAUGGUCAAAAAGUCGUUGGUUACAAUAUCUGCUCCGAAAAUCCGCAACAUCUUUAUAUCAUCACUUCAACUGGUUGUGUGAGCAAGUGGAAUUGGCUUUCUGGAGAUCAAAUCGCUUCUUGGGAUUUGGCUCGAGAAACACUCCUCGCUGAAUUAUGCCCCUCUGAGGUCGGGAAAUUAAGGUAUGAGCUUCUCUUUUCUUUGCGAGGGCGCAAGGAUGGAAAGAGACAACUUACAGUCACCUUAUUCAAUGGUGAAACACCACGCGACAUUGUUGUCUUUGAAACGACCCAACGAAUAGACCAUUUCAGGGUUUUCAGACAGGGACAAGCGAUAGUCGCAUGGGCUGGUCAGCGCCUUCUGCUUGGCACCAGGGAAUUUUACACGCCAGACCCGUCAACUAUGCAGUACGCCUGGAGGGAGGUCGUCCUGCCUGUCCGUGUCACUUGCAUUGAUGUCCGAGAGAGCAGAGCACGAAAUCGAACAAUACCCCAGGGCUCACAGGACAAUAACCUAGAUACCAUGGACCUUGGUCUGGUUCCUCGACGGCUACAUUGGCAUAGAGGUCCCGUCAAUGCAGUCCGUUGGUCAAAGGAUGCUUACAUCGUGAAGCUUGCUGACAACUCUAUCAUGGUGCUGUCAGCGACAGAGCUGCAACCUUAUGUUACUAUCACUGGCCUGCAACUUUGCCCCAAAGUCAACAAGCCUGCCGAUGCAGCUCUGCCAGAGUCGCGUAUCUCAUUUCAACCUCCUGCAGCUGUAUUGCACCCACAAUUCCAUGAUCGGCUUCUAGUGGCGGUACCAGCUUCGCGUCAUGCCGCACGGGAUUAUCAUUCUACUACGAGUUCGUGCGUGCUACAGACAUACGAUAUCCGCACCAACUGUCAAAUUUCCAGACAAGCUCUUGCACGGACCAAUGCCACGACUUUGAGGAUCAGUCCAGAGGGGACCGAAAUUGUUGCCCCGGACGUCCGUCAACUUGACAUAUGUCAGGAUGGGAAGUGGAUGGCGACGAUCGAUGACUGGAUACCGCGCCCUGAAGAUAUCAAGGCUCUUGAACCGAAUAGUACUUCGACAGGCAGCCAUACGCUUUACCGGGAAACAUACCUCAAGUUUUGGAGAUGGGACGAAGUGUCCAAUAUGUGGGAGUUAGCCACACGUAUCAACAGCCCUCACUCCUUCGACAGCGUUUCGGUGCCUAUUCUGGAUCUCGCGUCCAGACCAUACAGUCAUGAAUUUGCGACGGUGGGCUGUGAUGCCGUGCUCCGCCUCUGGUGCGCGAGUAACAGGCCGCGCCUGGGGUUGGCAACGAAACAUCCAGAACACCAAUAUCAGACCUGGAAAUGUCGAGGUACUAUCGACCUAAAAGGCGAAUUUAUUGGUGGCGGAACUGAGCCUGCAAAUGCAGCCUGUAUGGGCUUUUCUGAGGACGGGUCGGUGCUUGCUGUUUGCGUGCAAACCAGGUCCAGUCCGGACUCCGGCCUCGUCAUCCUGCUGGAUAUGCAGAAUUGCAAAAUUCAUCACAUCGCAAACCUGUGCAGUUGCCUCAAAAGUCCCGCGACAUCUGGCUGGAACGAGAAGGACGUGCGGAUCUCAGUUCGAUAUACGAGUUUAUGA